UUGUGUUUGGGAGCCGUGCUCUUGGGACACCACCCAAGGAGACGUCCCAGGAUUGAGUGCCCUCACCUUGGCGAGUGAAUGCUUCUGGGUAUUGGUGAGUGAACCCUCACCCCAAAGGGGUGAGCAGUUCUGUGUGUCGCUGAGUGAGAGGCCAGUUUGUUGUAUGCUGCUCAGAGUUUACCAUUCUCUGUCUAGGUAAAUGACACUUGUUGUCAGUCUUCAGCAUGGCCAAAAUCCGAGUGAAGGAUUUGAGGCCUAAUCCUGCAAAUGCUUCCUUGCACAAGGUGUCUCAUUUAUUUUGUGUAAACAAACCUAACCAGAACUUGCUCACCGGGACCUGGACCAGCAAAUGGAUUUAUGUUUUUUUCAGUGCAGGUAACGUCUGCUGCCACGGAAUGAAGUGCCAUUGUUUCAAAGGGAGGUAGUACUGGGCUGUAACCCAGGGGCAGGAGGGUUCAUGUCCAGCUAAUCCUGGCUGUUAGAAGCUUAUUUUAGUUCAGAAUUAGCUGAGGUUCAGCGUGAGCAGUGUGAGGGAGUACAGACUGGUUCACUUUCAGGGAACAGCUUCAAAUGAUAUGGGAAAGAAACAAGUGUGCCCACCUCGUGCCCUCCCUCCAGUGCCAAGUGGAGACCAAGAUGAAAUUCCACUCAAUCGUCCCAAAAAAAAGAAACCCAAAGGAAAGACUCCAUUAGAUGGCAUCGUCCAAGCAGCAGUUCGCCGGCAGUCUGAAAGCAGUGAGCCCCUAACUCCUGAGCCUCAUGAUGUCCCUCCUCAGAGGAAACGCAAGAAGAAGAAGGUACCUACUGAUUCUGAGACCUCUUUUACCGAGCAAAAUGUUGCAUCGCUGUUUCAGAAUGGAAAUGGUGUGGAUGAUGUCCCUGAAGCUGAAGAAACAGUGACCCGCAAGCAGAGAAAAAGAACAAAGAAACCUCGGCCAGCUGAAAUGCAGUGUCCUGAUGAGCUGGAAGUGGAUGAGGAAGACAUAAUUGAAGAUGAGAACAGAAAGAGCCCAGAUCAGCAGCCUGUGUUUGCUGCUCCCACUGGAAUUAGCCAGCCUGUUAGCAAAGUGUUCGUUGAAAAAAAUCGGCGUUUUCAGGCAGCUGACCGUGCAGAAUUGAUUAAAACCACUGAAAAUAUCAAUGUACUUAUGGAUGUGAAGACUUCAUGGACUACCAGAGAUGUUGCCCUCUCAGUGCACCGAAGUUUCAGGGUGAUUGGACUUUUUACCCAAGGCUUCCUUGCUGGGUAUGCUGUGUGGAACAUCAUUGUUAUCUACAUUCUGGCAGGAAAUAAUCUUUCAGCAGUUUCUAACCUGCUUGAGCAGUAUAGAACACUAGCAUACCCAGCUCAAAGUUUGUUGUAUUUGUUGCUGUCUAUCAGUACAGUCUCAGCCUUUGACAGGAUUGAUUUGGCAAAAGCAUCAGUUGCACUGAGGGGCUUUCUUACCCUAGAUCCAGCAGCAGUAGCCUCUUUCUUGUAUUUUGCUGCUCUUAUCUUAACCUUGAGCCAGCAGAUGACAUGUGACAGAAUUAACCUGUACACACCACCUUCGGAAAAUGGCAGCAUCUGGAUGGCAGGCACUGAGGAAGAAAUUGUUCAGCCAUGGGUUGUGGUGAAUCUGGUGGUGUCUAUUCUAGUUGGGUCAAGUUGGAUCUUCUUGUCAUACCGACCAGAGCUAGACCACAGCGAAGAACUGAUGUUUCAUACUGAAAUUGAGGAAUUUCCCCAGGGAGAUAUACCCAGAGUCCAGCCAUAGUCUUGUGUCUUACAGCCAUGUAUUAUAAUUUUCAUAAAUAAAAGAAAUGUAUUUUUAUAUUGUAUAUAUUUGAUUUUGAUCUUUUUAUGUAUGCUGCAAUUUAUGUGAUUGAAAACCUACUUUGUAAAAUAAAAAGCAAAAGUAUAAAAGCUGUCUCUAGUGCA